AUGGCGGUGACGCCCGCAUUGUCCGACUUUGAAGUCUUGGUCUUCGACAUUGAGGGGACCGUCUGCUCCAUCUCAUUCGUCCAUGAUGUUCUCUUUCCAUACGCGCUAGAUGCGCUGCCAGGCCACCUCGACCAGAACUGGGACAGCCCGAUUUUUGCGCACUACCGUGAUGCCUUCCCGCCGGAGUAUCGCAAUGUCCGAGUUGCCCUGGAAGCACAUGUUCGCGAUCUGGUCUCGCGAGACGUCAAGGCACCGUAUCUGAAAGCACUCCAGGGUCACCUGUGGAAGCAAGGCUACGAGUCUGGCGAGAUAAAGGCGCCACUCUUCCCGGACGUGGCUCCUCUCAUCAUUGCAGCUCACGCCCUCGGCAAGAGAAUCAUCAUCUAUUCGUCCGGCUCAGUCCCGGCCCAGAAGCUACUCUUUGCCCAUACGAAUGCCAGCCCCCAAGACCUCACCCCCCUCAUCUCUGAGUAUUUCGACACUGUCAAUGCCGGCCCCAAGACGGAGCCCGGCAGUUAUGCCACUAUCCUCGCCAGCCACCCAGAUAUUGCCCCUGCCCGCUGGCUAUUCUUGAGCGACAACCUCAAAGAGGUCAGAGCGGCGAUGGCCUCCGGGAUGCGGAGCCUGCCCGUCACGCGUCCCGGAAACGCCCCGUACCCGUCGGACGACCAGCUGGCUCAGUUUGCCAUUCCCGACUUUAGUCCUGAGUCCGAUGACCGCAUUCGCGCUUCACUACACGCUCUAGAGAAGCUUCGCUAG